AUGAAGGUAUGGGACGGGGUGAGAACAAUAGUUCAUACAGGAGGUUCUGAAGUGAACCUGGCUCUGAAGGGAAGAGGAUACAUGUGUUCUGAUGAAUGCAUAGUGUUGGCAGAAAUGACGAUGGUGGUAAUAUUUGCAAUAAAAGUUUUCUUGCUUUUUUCCUCAGACAUUUAUUGUUUGAUUAACCCCAUGAAGAUGAAUAAAAAGAGAAAAUUUUCCAGUUAUAAAGACAUAAAAAACAUAGUUUUCUUUGAAAUCACCACUGGGAUCACAGCCAACGUGAUCCUGCUUCUGUUCCACAUCCUCAUGUUUCUGCUCAAGCACAGGCCCAAGCCCCUUGACCUGACUAUUGCACAGUUGGCUCUAGUCCAUUGGAUGUUACUGGUAACCAUGGGCUUCAUAGCUACAGACACAUUUGAGUUUGAGGGCUGGGGGAAUGACUUUAUGUGUAAAUCAGUUAUAUAUGUAAACAGGUUGAUGAGGGCCCUCUCUAUCUGUACCACCUGCUUGCUGAGUGUCCUCCAGGCUAUAAUACUUAGCCCUAGAAACUCUUUUUUGGCAAAAUUCAAACACAAAUCCUCACAUUAUUAUCCAUGUUGCCUUGUCUUUUUAUGGGUCUUAAAUAUGCUCCUGAACAUUCGCUUUUUAAUCUCCAUUGGUGCGACACCAAAUGGGACUUCACACAGUCUCAACUUUGUCACUGAAUCCUGCUCUCAGUGGCCUAUUAGUUACUUUUUCAGAUACAUAUUUCUCUCAUUGGUGAACAUUCAGGAUAUUUCCUUUGUAGGGCUCAUGGCCCUGUCAAGUGGAUACAUGGUGAAUCUCUUGUGCAGGCAUAAAAGACAGUUCCAACACCUUCACCAUUCUAAUCUUUCUCCAAAAGCAUACCCUGGAGAGAGGGCCACUCAGACUAUUCUUGUGCUAACAGGCUUCUUUAUGCUCAUGUACUGUUUGGACUGUGUUAUUUUCUCUUCACUUGUUGUAUUGUGGAACAAUGAUCCAAUUUAUCAUUGUGUACAGAUGCUUGUGGGCAAUGCCUAUGCCACAAUGUGUCCUUUUGUGCUAAUGAGCACUGAAAAACGGAUGAUGGAAUGGUUAAUAUCCAUGAGGAAAAGACAGUAA